AUGAUUCAUAAGAAACGCAAAUUAGCUUGUCAUCGAGACACAUUUUGGAUUCCGAUAGUACUUACAGUUCCAUAUUUAAUUUAUGUAAUCAGCUUCCUAAUUGCAAAGCACCUGGUGCUUAAUAUCCGUUUUGAAACUUUACUUAAAAACUUCAGAACUUUGAUAUCUUCUCUCAUUGACCAGCAGUUGAAGUUUCAAUCAAAUGUUGAUGAGCAUCAAAAAGAGAUUUUGAAGAAUCUUUUCAUACUGUACGAUUUAUUAGCUGAUACCGUUUACGAACUAAACUCAAUUUUCUCAAAAGAAAUAAGUUUAAGCACAUUAAAAAAUUAA